AUGAGGGCCGCAAGCUGCAAGCAGGUUUUGAGCAAAAGCAACAGUUCCUCAUGGUUGGUGAUUCUGAGGAGGCUCAGGUCCCUGAACCGCAAGUGCAAAUGUGCAUUCCUGGCUCAGCGAACUGGUGGUCCACUGUCCCAAUGUUGGUGUUGCAAAUGGAUCAAGGGAGCCCAGGCUGUGCAGGAAGUGCGUGACCUGGACUUGAAUUUGUUCAGUUUCAUGGAGGAAAAGAAACGGAUGAUGGAUCAUUUUAUGGCUUUGCAAACCGAAGACUACGGACCGUUUAUCGAACAGCUGCAGCUCUUCAAAUUGGACUUGGGACUUCCUGAGCACACAUCGCCGCAAGAGGUUUUUGCCGCAAUCUGCGAGCUUCCAGGUUUUAACACAAAAGGAACACUUCCAAAAUUGUCACGGUGGUUUUCAUGGAAUCAAAGUUGUGAAGAACAGGUCCCUGAAUUCAGAGUGUUGAGGAUGGUACUGAAACACUGGCUGGGCCCUGCGGCAGACAAACUUGACCCCAAUGAUGCUGUUUACAAUCGAGAGUUGAAGAUUGGAGUCAAAGCGACACAGAAGUCGGCUGGUACAAAAGAAAAUUUGAGGUCUGAGUUCAGCCGAUUGAAGCAAAACCUUGGCGGUGGAUUGAAGUUGGCAUACUAUCUCAUGAGUGACCGGCUGCUCCACACUGUGCGACUCAUUGCUGCAGCAACCAUGCCAACUUGGACUUGGUAUGCGGACACAGUCAAGUCAGUGAAAUCUGCUGAAGACACAGUGAAGCAAACCACAGAACUUCAGAAGUCAUGGGCGUCAGACAAUCACUUGGUUCAAACUGCGGCAGUGCUGACAGCGCGCAGCCCAGAAGUUGUCAGUUUAUUUGAAGACCCAGAACUUUCGAGAUUCAAAGACUCAGGUGACAAAUUGUUCAAGCUUGUCUCCAACUUGUUGAAGCGCCGGGCCUGGUCAUUUGCCAAGCAGUAUACUGCCCCUCCGGACUGUUAUUCUGCAAUCUUGGGUGGCUCAGAAGCGGUGGCAAUGCUACACCAAGACUUUGAAUGGCUACUUCGCUUGGAAGCAGAAGCAGCUUUGAUGGCGCAAAGGAAGGUUAAGGUCGAGCUGGCCUAUGGAAAGUUUGGUCAAAUGGCCAUUUCCAUGACAAUCUUGCGGAACACAUCCACUGGAUUUUUGGGACUUUGCUCGGGGAAUCAAGUUUGGGCUGCACUGCUGUGGCCAUUGAGACAGGUUCAUGGCCCAUGUCGUCCGGACAGGGUCUACUUCUGUUUGGACGCAGACGAUGACACUGCAGCUGCUGAGUUUCAUUUUUUUGAACAGCCGGAGUCCUGGGAAGUCGUCAUGAAUUACGAGUUACUAUUUCAUGACUCACAAGUCAUCCUGGAUUGCCCGUUGCACGAGUCAGAGUCGCUACUCAAGUUUUUUUUGCGUGAACCGUCUCGAAUCAAACAACUUUCCCGGACUGAUUUGGAGACGAUCAGUGAAAAGUUUUUCAUGCCUCCGUGUCAUGGCGACCGUGAUCAACUUCGACAGUUACCACAGAAAGAUUUGUUGGCAAGUGUCAUUGACUUCGCCUCAAAUGGUGAUGCCGAUUACAUUGAGCAAGUGCAUGAGUCACUGAAGCAGAAUAAAUCAUCUGCCGCUGCGAAGGCCCAGGAUGACGAGAAUGAGUUAUUUGGUGGAGCAUUGGACGAACUGGUGUUGCUGGACCUCCCAGCUGAAGAGCGUCGAGAUUUCGAUGAGGUGGCAAAAGCCAUUGAGAAAAAGGUCAAAGCUGACUGGAACUUGAUGAUUGUUGCAAAGGAGGCCAAGGGGAAAGCGAAAGCAAAGGCAAAAGCCAAGUCAAAAGCCAAAGCCAAGGCAAAGGCCAAGGCAAAAUCCAUGGCAAAACCUGUCCGGCAAGCUGCCAGAGGAGUCUUCAAUUCCCGAAAACGAAGGCGGCAAGCCAUUGCUCCAAUCGAAGAUGCGGCCAGAGUCAAAGAGCCUGAACCUACUAUUAUUGGUGGCGAUGAGCGAGUGCAUGGGCAUGAUGAUGCUGCUGCUAGUGGUGAUGCCAGUGACCAUCGCCGUCCAGAGGACAAGUCUGCUGAUGAUUUUGAAGUGCCCCCGGAUGACACUGCCAUGGACGCAGGUCUGCAGACGCUUCCGCCGUCACCAGUGCCAGUGCCAAAGUUGCGAGAGUGGAAGUGGAGAAGCCCAGCCAAGAAACAAGCUACUCUUGCUGCGUCAUCAUCAUCAUGCUCUCGUCCUACUGAGCCAAUUGAAGAAGUGCACACUGACACAGUCAUUGUCGCAAUCGAAUCGGAAACUGAUUCAGUUCCAGCAGAAGCUGUUGAAAACCCGAUGGUACCUGCAUCUGAGCUUGCCAAUCCAGUGCCACUCCAGCCUGCAGUACCUGAUUUGGAACCUCCUGCUGAAGUCGCUGCAGCAGCGGCGGGCGUGGAUCUUGUAGUGCCCAAGGCCAAGGCAGCGCCCAAGGCUGCAGCAGAACGACCUUGGCCUUGCCAUACGCGAAAUUCCAUCAACCAAUGGACUGACGUCCCGUGUCGUCGGUGUAAUGUUGCCAUUGCAGGCCAGAUCAAAUUUGACGAACGGCCAGGACAGCGGGAUAAGCCCACCUGGUUCAUGAGAGUUCGCGAUGAUGACAAUUCAUUGAAUCAAUCCAGUGGCCCGUACUUCUCGCGAAGACUUGCUCAUAUUGUUGGGGACACUGACACCUUUGCCAUGGACUGGAUUGAGCAGUAUAAAAAAUGCUGUGGAAGCAAACGGACCCGUCUUUGA